GUAUUAUGUGUCAUCUCACGUUACGCGCCGCACAGAAUAAGUCCCAAAAUGUCCAUUUUCAAGGGCAUUCCCCCCAAAACACCUGGAAUAAGUUACCCAACAGACGGAAAAUUUGCUCUCAAAUUCAAUUCUUCAAUUCAGUUUCAGGAACUUCGUAAGAGUCCGCACCCGCUAGAAAUCCACAUUAUCCUCUCAAAUGAGGAACUAACCAAAUGAGCUCUAGCUAGCUAGCUGAAGUCGGAAUACAAAAUUCCACACAUCGUUGGUGUCGAUAUUGGCCGGCGGCAUUAACGCGCGACCCGCCUAAGCUGACUGUAGUGAGACUAGUUUGAAAUUCAAAGUACGAAACGUGACAAUCAGUACCGGUGAUUAUUUUACCGAAAACCAGAAAAACUAUAAGUACGUACUACGGCAACGUCUACAAAGCAAUUUGAAGAUGUACCUAUAGAAACAUUUCACUGUUCUGCUUCUCUUCAGGGGUGGUUGGUGGUGGUAAACGGCAUUUCUUCAUCCGUUUUUGUUGAAUUCGGGUAAAUAUUUGCCUUUCGAAUACCGAACGAACAACUCAAGAAAAAAAGUCCGCGCGCGCAUAUGACCGCGGGAGAGAUGUUACAUGAAGAGGGCGACGCGCAAAUCACAACCCGUGCGUGCGUCGAGGCGGCUGAAGUGUGCGUGGCGGCGUGGUGGUAAACACAUAUUACACAUCCCGUUUCCUCUUGGAGCUCAACUGCGUUUUUGUUUAAGAAUCUCACUGCUGGCUGAGUGUCCGAACACCGCAUGUUGCUGUUUGUUGCAGCGCGUACACCGCCGCCCAAGAAUUAAGCUCGCCCCGGCCGGUGCUCCAGCAACAGCAGCACCAGCACCCUCAGGCCUUUCUGCGGUGUGUUGUUUAAAAAGCAAUAAAGGAAAAAAAAUAAUUAACAGAAGAAAGGAAGGAAAAGCGAAACAAAAAAGACCACACUCUUCUGUUACUUUUUUUUUCAAGUAAAGCGCGCAUCUUUCCCGACUGACCUUCUCGCCGUUGCUCAUCGUCGCCAUGGCCAAGAAGCGCCCUCUGCCUGCCUCGUGCUACUUUCACCUCCCUUGUUCUUAGGGUGAGGUGCGGUUUUACCCCAGCAGCCACCCACCCAUCCCCAAGCCGACUCGAGUCAAUCAACAGUCCGAAAAAGGGCCACAAAACGGCCGAGAAAGAACACACGGAGAGAUGAGAAAUAUUUUUAUACAUAUCAUAAAAAAAUCAAUUUCCGCUGAAAACCUGAACUAGCGGAUGUUAUUUGAAUACACUCUCCACAUCUCCAUCUCUGCUCGGUCGAUCUUUCGUUUGGGUCGGUUGGGCCGCGUCUUGUCUUGUUCUCGACCCGGUUUUUACCUCCUACCGAGAUUUCGAAUCGCGCUCUCGGCAGUGGCAAAAGGCAAUCGUUGGAAGGAAAACAUGUUGUACGACGUACAGCCCGUUCUAUUCCUGAUGCUGCCGAGAUGCUUUUCACGGGAGACAGCAUCAUCCUCAUCAUCAUCGUUAUAUGUAUGUUACGGUUUCACACACACGCAACAUCUCGAAACGUGCACGACUGACGAUGAGGACGUUGCAGCAAAAAUCGCCUCAAGAUAGUCCUCAUUUCCUGGAUUGCUUUUUUCCGCUAUAGCCACCAGUGUGUAUAAUGAAAUUAUGACCUUUCUGCAGUAGCUCUGUUGUUGCUACUGCCACUGCCUCAAUGUGUGAGAAAAUCUUCCCAUGAUAAAUGUGCUCUUUUUACGCCACAUUCCCUUCACUUGGUGCUCUAAUACUAACUUGUGUUUUCUCUCCUCUUUGUCCUUUUUCAGAAUCACAUCGUCGUCGCCUGACGGCCAUCGCCAUCAUCUACAUAUCGCCAGCAAGAUGAAGCUAUUACCGAUCCCCCUGUCGCCGCUGAACCCUCCAGCCCCGCUCGGAAUCUGGGGUUCUGAUUUGUUGUGGCGAUACCCACCGGCACCUUCGAGCCCGUUAGCCGACCUUAAGACCCAGCUACCACCACAGCUGAACACAGAUCCCCGAAUUUGGGGUCGCGAUGAAGUUCAGGUGUUUCUGCGAUUCUGCGAGCGCGAAUUCGAUCUACCCAAGUUCGAUUUGGAUCUGUUCCAGAUGAACGGAAAGGCCCUCUGUGUGCUCACCAAGAACGAUUUAGCAGAACGAAGCCCUGGAGCCGGCGAUGUGCUACACAAUGUCCUCCAGAUGCUUGUGCGAGAUGCACAAACACUCCAUCGCCACCUCCCGAGCAGCCCGGUAACUCCCACCAGCCGUUACCCGCUAUCGCCCCACAGUCAUCCCCCGACGCCUAACUGGAGCGCCUUGGCACCUCCCGAUAGUCCGUUCUUCCACAACUCUCACCUGCAGCAGUUUAUGGCUGCAUCCAAUUCAGUUACCCUUAGCCCUGCCCCUUCCAUUGAUUCGCAAGCAGGAAGCCCACCCCAAAGUCAUCAAGAGCAGCUCCAAAAUGUGUUCCAAAAAUCUACCAGCAGCAGCAGCAGUCACACCCAAAACAGCAGCUCCGCUGGAAGCAGUAGCAACCAAUCCGACUCCGACGAGGAUAACUCAACGGCCGGUUACCAUCCACUUACGUUGUCUCACCCGGACAGCAAGCUGCCGCUGCAUGCCCAGCAGAACCAGAGCCCUCCGCUGACGCCGAUCUCCAAGGAAACUCAGCACCUAGGCCAGCUGCAGCUGCUCGAUACCAAGAAUCUUCAAUAUCCAGUAUCUUCGCUGUUGAGCAACAACGGCGCCAGCAAUAAUGGCCCAACAUCCAACGGUAGAGACUCCGGCAGCAACGGUUCCAACUCGGGCGGAUCCGUCACCAAUGGAAACGGUUCAACUGGCAGCAACGGUACCGGUAAUGGACACUCGCUCAGCCUGAAGCCACCGACGCUUUCGCCACCCUCGAUCAGCUCCCCGAAUGGACCUUCGUCGGCGCCGACCACACCGGGCGCCUUCCUGCCAGUGAAGCGCGAAUUCUUCCCGGACACCGCCGAACCCAACACAAACGGUCGACUGCUGUGGGACUUCUUGCAGCAGCUGCUGAACGAUCCGUCGCAGCGGUACAGCAACUACAUCGCCUGGAAGUGUCGGGACACGGGGGUGUUCAAGAUUGUGGACCCGGCCGGUUUGGCCAAGCUCUGGGGCAAGCAGAAAAACCAUCUAUCGAUGAACUACGACAAGAUGUCGCGCGCGUUGCGCUACUACUACCGUGUGAAUAUUCUGCGCAAGGUGCAGGGCGAACGACACUGUUACCAAUUUCUUCGCAAUCCGACGGAGCUGAAGAGUAUCAAAAACAUCUCACUACUGCGGCAAACCAUGGCUGCCAACCAGAAUGCCAGCAACCAAUCUGCAGCGGCAGCAGCAGCCGCAGCCGCCAGUGCUAGCAAUCACUCGUUGAUGUCUCUGCUACCGAACGGAGCUAACAUUCAUCAUCUGGCAGCAGCAGCCGCCGCGGCAGCAGCUUCGCAGCACCACAUAAACGGAGGAGGGGCACCAAUCUCACCAACGGCCCUCCAUCACCCCCAUCUGACACAAUCGCAGUCGUCCGCCGUAUCGAGUUCCAAUGGGGCCAACGGGCAUCACGGAACAGCAACCAUCAAGAUGGAAACCGAUUUGGAUGAUAUGAAACCCACCGAUCUGAGUACCAGCGAACGCAAAUACUACUCAUCAAGUACGGCUGAAUGUUACCCACUGAUAAGGAACGCCAAUGGACUAACGACCAUCCAACUCUUGCGCCAGCAGCAGCAAUCCCAACAGGAUAACGGAUCUCCUCCUCCCUCGCCAAAUCCCCUAUCGAUCAACUCCCAGUCCCUGCACACCAUCAGCAACAACCUACAUCAUCUACACCAGCAGCAACUGCAGGCACAGGCCGCUGCAGCCGCCGCCGUCGCAGCUGCAGGAGUACGACACCACCAGCAGCAGCAGCAGCAACAGGAAGAGGACCGACGAUUAGAGCAGCUGGAGCAUGAAAGGGAACGAGAACGAGAACACGAACGCGAGCGUGAACGUGAACGCGAUCGCAGUCCAUCGCCUGAACCCCAUCACCAUCAGCAGCAGGCCCCACAUCAUCUGCACACGACCAUCAAGGCGGCCGCAAGCGACGACGAAAGCAUGAUGCCCACGGACCUCAGCAAAUCGGAACCCAUGUACUACAAAUAGGCAGCUCGCUCCUCUUCCAACAAUUUACCUGAAUACGACAAUCAACAGUCCGAAUGACCCGAAUCGCCCAAGAAAGCCCAGUCGUAGGGUCACGAUCGCGUAUCAUGUGCGCGAGUGCGCGGUAACGUAGAGUGUGAUCUCAGAAACAAAAACAUUGGGUGCCAUCACAACCAAAAAUGAAAUGAUACCGAUUCAACCAUGCGGCUGGAGCUGUAGUACUCCAGUUGUACUACAGCAAGAGAAAGACGCGGGCUGCGGACGAUUGCAAACAACAAAUUCUACGUAGCAAACUACAACGUGUGAUAUACAACUAGAAAAAAACCCGACCGACACACCGCGAUUCGGAUAUGAAGAACUCUCCCUAGACUUAUCCCGCGAGACAACAGACGAAACAUGUGCCAAUCGUUCAAAAAAAUUGUAAUAUUUUCUUUCCAAACGUUUAAUCUCAGCUGAAAGCUAACGGACGAAAGAAGGAAAAACAAACAUUUGUGUACAGAUGCGAUAAGAAACCGACGAAACUGGAACUAGAGUGGACGCGUUUUACAGCGCCUAUGGGCGAAGGAGGAAAACCGGGUGUAGAGAACUAAUUUCCGCAUCGACCUCUUCCCCUCGAGCGUGACCAAACCUGAACAUAAUAGAGUUAAAUAGUACCUAGUAGAGUAGUAGUGAAUGUCGUUUUUUUUCAACUCCAAGAAACAUUCUAGCAGAUAGAUUUAUUGUUAAACUUGAGAUACGAAAAAAGGGUUGACAGUGUACAGUUAUAAUUGGGUAAUCAAUUUUGUCGACCAUGAGAGCAUGAACGCAUGUUCAAAUGGUUGAUCCAGCCGAGAAAAGUACUCAUUUAUUCACAGGUUUCUAGCAAUUUCCUUAUUGGUUUGAAUAUAUUUUUCCUUCCGUUUGCGAGAGAUAAAAAAAGCAAAUCCCCCCUUAGGAUUAAGUUCAACUCUUCAAUUGGCUUCCAUUAAAAAGAAAACAAGAUUAUAGAAAUAAAUAUAAAAUUUACAAAAUUUGCAAACGAAUGUGAUGAUGUUAACGCAAGAGAAAUUUAUAUCAUGAGCACCUAGUAGGACUAUUAUUCGUAGUUAAAGCAAUUAGAUUUUUUUCUAUCCGGUGCAAAAAUUCGUGUAAACUAACUGAUUCUUUGUAGUUGUUUUUUAAGAGAAGGGACCGACAUUGUUGUCACGACUUUAAAUGCAAUUUUAGUGCAACAUUGUCUACUUUUUUGUUGGCUUUAAAUGGAAAUCGAAAUCUUCCUUAUUUUGUAGUGUUCUGGUUAAGUUCAGUGUACAUAUGGUCAGAUUUUUUUAAUAUACUUAUUGUACGUAUAUGUAAGAAUUUUCUCAAGCAGGAUAAGUUUUUCCACAAAGAGCAAUGUCAAAUUAUAUACCGUAUGUAACCCGUACAAUAUUAUAGGUAACUACCAAUAGAGUGUACCCAGUGCAACCACACUCGGCGAGAGAAGUGCCUUGUCCAGGUGUCCAGUUGCACGCUUUCGUUUAAAUGUUCCGUAAAAAAACAAUCAAUACACACACGUUGCAGAAGAACUUGCACCAGCAACAACAAUCCCCCACACCCACAGAUAGCAGCGCUCAUUUUGUUUAUAAAUUUAGUGCGUGGUGGUAGAAGCACAUCAACAGUAAUGUUCAACUCUUGUAACAGGUGAAAGAACACUACUUAUACCAGCUCCAUCGCUGUUGACGCCGUACCACCAGGCAGAUUUUUUUUGUGUUAUUGUAAAUCAUAUUUUUAUCACACGAAAAACACACAAUCAUUAUUAGAGCAUGAUUUUUAGAGUUUAUAUCAUCAGAAUGUUUUUUUAAGGUACGUAAGAGAAUUGCAAAAAGAAGACUCAAUCCCAAUAAAAAGAUUAUAGAACUGUUUCAAAUAAA